AACUCCCUCUGCUGAGGAAGAUCAGGUGAUAUGAUUGAAAGCUCCAAAGCUGCUACUGAGGGGACCUUGUAGUGAGAUUGGGUUUUUUUUCAACUAAAUUAAUCUUAAAAGUUAGUGGUGUUUUCUAAAAAUUAGAAUGAAAAAUAUAUGAACAAUGAGCAUUGAAUGACCCUUUUUGUAAUUUAACAAAUGGCUCACCUAUAUUUUUUUAAGAAUAAAUAUUUGUGUGUGUUAACUAUUAAACAGAAAAUGAGGGCUAACUCACACUUAGCACUAUGGGUAAUGUAGGCAGGAGUCUGUACAGCAGGGUGUACAUUACCAUCCUCACCUCCCAGCAUCUUUAUUUCUCUCAGGUCUUUUUACCCUUUUUUCCAGCAGGCCUGGCUUUAUCUCCCCAUCCCAGUUGCUCUCCAUCUCUCCCAGUCUGCAUCGCUAUCAGAGCUCCACUGAACAUGCAGUGCCUGCGUCACUCCUUUCAGCAGAUGGAGAGGAGGAUGAGGGGGAGGGUAAGACAGAGAGAGAAAGGGGAGGAGGAAGAGGGAGCUGUAUCCCUCCCUUGCAUCAGCGUCAACAUCACAGCCACGCCAGCCUUCGUCACCGGAAAACAACGAGGAAGAUUGUCGCACAACAGAACUAGAAAAAACACCAUCAGCAGCAGCUCCUCCUCCUCCUCCAUCAGACGUGUAUCCACAGAUUAGGCCAAGACGGUUCUACCUUCCCAAGGUACAGGCAUCUAAAACCUCCCCCAGGCACGAGGAGCUCUCCCAAGAAUGACCUGAGAGGAGAGGCAGGAAUCCAUCAGACGCUCUCCAUCAACAUGGGCAACCAGGAGGCUAAGCAAAAGAAAGCUGCAGCAGCAUCGGGUAAUGGAAGCUACCCUUCACUGGAUGAAGGAUGGAGAGAGGGAGGAGGGGACAUGACAAAAAAGGGAGGAAAGAAACUCCACGUUAAGCAUGGAGGUAAAGGAGCAGGCAGUGGUGGAGGAGGAGGGGUGGUAUAUGGCACAGGACCAGGAAAGAAGAAAAACAAAUCUGAGUCCAAGUCGUCUGUUUUCUCCAUCCGUAAGAGAAAGGGCAACCUGAAAGGGAAAGGAGAUGCAUGUUUGUCAGUAACAGGCUCAAAGGAGGACGUUUUAGUAUCUCAGCAUGACGAACUGGAUAGCACAAAAACACCUGAAAUGUCUGCAGAUGAGCUUGGACAGUCGGACACUGAAACUGCUUUCCCUGAAAAGAAAAAGAAACCGGAGCAUGGGAAAAAGGAUGGAAAUGGAGCAGAGCAGAAACAGGAGAUGCAGCGGAAAGCCUCGACAGCAGCAACAUCUCCUACAGAGGAUGGAGGGCAAAAGGGAGGGAGCUCAGGGUCGGACACAGAUAUCUACAGCUUCCACUCAGCAGCUGACCACGAGGAUUUGCUAGCGGACAUCCAGCUCGCAAUAAGACUCCAGCACCAACAGCAGCAUGGGGGAGUUAACUCAAUUGUUGAAGCACAGGGAGGAGGAGAAAGGGAUCUGAGCUGGGGAGGAGGAGAGGGGAGGAGGAAUCAGAGUAAUGGGGUAGUUAAAUUAACUCCUGAGGUGCUUGACCUGACCCCAGAAUUAGAACUGGGGUCUGAUGCCCUGUCAUUCCUAGAGACGGGAACUCUGUCUGGCUCUGUCAAGCACACAGACCAGCCACCAAUACUUCACCUCCCCUUUCAAACAGAGGUGCACGAGAGGAGGGAGAAGGAGGAGGUGGAGCAUCCGGAGCUAAAUCGGAAGGGGCAGAGGGAGAGAGAAGCCUCUCUUUGUGUUGCCACAGGCACAAAAGACCAGCAUGCUUGGGUGCAGCAGCCCCCUCUCUCAGCCAUCACCAUGGCUACUGCCGGGGGGGCAGCAGUCAGCCCAGUUGCCAUGACAACAAGUGGUAACAGCUUCCCUGAUCUCACAUUUGACAGUGCUGGGAAAACCCCAAGGGAGGAAGAGGAAGUAGGAGGUGAAACCCGGCAAGAGGAGGAGAGGGAGGCCGGGGUGGAUGUGGAUCUCAGUUCUCCACCUGCAGUCAGCCACGACAAAAGUCCUGAACCCACUGAAGGGCUCAGCUCAGGGACCGUGUUUGAAGAAGGUGAGGGUAAUUUGGGCUCGGGUACCAGUGCAGAGUCCCUUGAGGACUGCCUGAGCGCUGGAUCAGAAUCCAACCACUCUGCUGCUGCCAGCACCAGUGCCUCCCCCUCCAACCAGCAGUGCAGGAGGAGCAGCGUGUGCUUCAACCCACUGCCUCCCCAGGAGAGCCCCACUUUGGCCAAACGACUCCUCCGGUCUACCCACUCCUCCACAUCCUUUAGCCCUGUGGUGAAACCUUACCCUCCCAUCUUCCCCUCCUACAUCAAGACCACCACCAGACAGCUUAGCUCCCCAGGACACUCCCCAGCCCUGUCCCCCUCCCACAGCCCCCUGUCCCCGCGCAGAGCCCACCAUCACCUCCACAGGACAAUGGCUGAGUAUCACCAAGUCAGUAGGCAGCGCUCUCAAAGCUUUGCUGGGCCUCUGAGUCGCUCUGCUGAUUGGACAGAGGAGCUUGAGAGGAGGCUGAAGAGCAGAGAGGAGGAUGGAGGAGGCUCUGGAUGUUCAGGAGAAUAUCUGGUAGGCUACAGAGGAGGAGGCAGCCAACCCAUCUGUGCUACCAGAAGAUCAUCCUGUGGACAGGUCUCUACCUGUGGCUUUCAGGACGUCUUCACUGGUCGAACUCUUCUGGAGAAGCUGUUCCUGCAGCAACAGCAGGAGGAGCCAGAGGAGGCUGAGAGGCUCUGCUCUAGGAUCUUGGCCAUGGGUCUCCUGCUGCCUUUCACUGACUGCUUCAGAGAGCAGCUGGGAGGAAGCACUGCCCAAAUCACCUCCACAGCAUCAGCCAAGUUUGAUCAUGACCAGCUAUAUACAUGGGCAGCAGUUAACCAGCCACCUCACUCCCUGGAUCCUCUUGAGGGGAAACUACCAGGGCAGUUGAAGGGCCCCUGGCCUCCAGCCAGGCCAGGCGAGGACAACAGGACUGGACUCAAAUCCACAGAGGCAGAGGACAAUCAAGAACAUCAUGCAGCCAUCUUGGGUUUGAGGCAACAACAGAUGGAGAGCCAAGAGGAGGAAUUUGUCCUUCCUUCAGCAAAACUGAAGGAAAAACACAUCAAUGUCAUCCAACAGCUGGAACAAACCAUAGAAGACCUCAGGACUAAGAUUGCUGAGCUGGAGCGACAGCCUCCUCUGCUGGACAGGGACAGUAUGAAAUCCACCACCUCCACCACAGAGAGGGAGUGUGGAGGAGAUGAGAGCCUGCUGAGGGCUGUGUGUGACGCUCACCUGCAGACCGAAGCAGGUCCCGCUCUGGGCUACCUGGAGGCCAAGUCGGUGCAGACCUCACCCAUGGAUGACAGCUUUAAGUUCAAAGUGCCUUGUAGUGAGCCAGGUGGAGUGAACGGCUUCCUGCAGCCUCCACCCAGGCAGGACGGCUUCCAGUGUUCAUGCCAGCUGCACCCUCCUCCUCCACCUCCACCUCCACCACCUCUUCCAGGAGGAGCAGUACCUCCUCAUCCUUUACCAGGACAGAUUGUGGCACCUCCUCCUCCUCCACCAUUACCAGGAGGCUCAAUGCCAGCUCCUCCACCUCCACCUCCACUACCUCCUGGUUCAGCAGUUCCUCCACCUCCGCCCCCACCUCCACCUCCAUUCCCUGAUGGCAUUGCUCCCCCACCUCCUCCUCCCCCGCCGCUUCCUGGUGGCCUUGCUCCACCCCCUCCUCCUCCUCCUCUCCCUGGUGGCAUUGCUCCACCUCCUCCUCCAUUACCAGGAAUAGGAGGACCACCUCCUCCACCACCACCUCAAGGCUGUGGGCCUCCCCCCCCCCCUCCUCCACCAGUUCCCCCAGCUCCUCCAGGGGCUCUGGGCUCCCUGCCUCCUCCUCUGCCAUUGGGGCUAUACGCUCUGGGUCUGACCCAGGAGAAACCACCCAGGAAGGCUGUGGUGGAGCCUCCCAGACCCAUGAAGCCCCUCUACUGGACCAGGAUCCAGCUGCACACCAAAAAGGAGGUUUCUUCUUCGUUGGUGUGGGAGAAUAUUGAGGAGCCUGACGUGGACUUUGAGGAGUUUGUUGAGUUGUUCUCCAAAACAGCUGUGAAGGAGAAGAAGCAGCCGCUCUCUGAUACAAUCACCAAGUCCAAGGCCAAACAGGUUGUGAAGCUCCUAAACAACAAGCGUUCUCAGGCAGUAGGAAUCCUCAUGUCCUCCCUGCAUCUUGACAUGAAAGAUAUCCAGCAUGCCAUCCUGAACUUGGACAACACAGUAGUUGACCUGGAGACCCUGCAGGCCCUGUAUGAAAAUAGGGCACAACAGGAGGAGCUGGACAAGAUUGAAAAGCACAUCAAGUCCUCAAAAGACAAGGAGAACGCCAAACCUCUGGACAAACCUGAGCAAUUUCUCCACCAGCUCUCCCUGAUCCCAAACUUCUCUGGCAGAGUCUUCUGCAUCCUCUUCCAGUCCAGCUUCUCUGAGUGCAUGUCGUCCAUUAUGAGGAAACUGGACACACUGCAGAGGGUAUGCAAGGUGUUGCAGUACAGUGAGACAGUGAAGCAGGUUCUAGGUCUGGUUCUGGCCUUUGGUAACUUCAUGAAUGGUGGUAAUCGAACCAGAGGCCAAGCUGAUGGCUUCACCCUCGACAUCCUGCCCAAACUCAAAGAUGUCAAGAGCAGUGACAGCAUGAAAAGUCUUCUGUCUUACAUUGUUGCAUACUACCUCAGACACUUUGAUGAGGAUGCUGGUAGAGAGACGUGUGUGUACCCUCUCCCUGAGCCUCAUGACCUGUUCCAGGCUUCACAAAUGAAGUUUGAAGACUUUCAGAAAGACGUGACUCGAUUCAGGAAGGACCUGAGAGCCUGUACUUCAGAAGUGGAAAAGGUGUGCAAGGUUUCAGACGAGGAUAACCUGCAGCCUUUUAAAGACAAGAUGGAGGACUUCCUCGCACAAGCUAAAAGUGAACUGGAGACCCUGGAAGCUCAACUCAGCAGCACUCACAAACUGUUCCUGGAGCUCACAGUGUUCUUCUCAGUGAAGGCAAAGGCAGGAGAGAAGGAGGUUUCACCCAACACUGUCUUCUGCAUCUGGCACGAGUUCUCCUCUGACUUCAAGGACCAGUGGAAGAAGGAGAACAAAGCCAUUCUCAAGGAGAGGUUAAAAGCAGCAGAAGAGUGUUUCAGACAGGCCAAGGAGAAGGCUUCCUACAGCGUCAAACCCAAACACGCCUCUGGCAUCAAAGCCAAGCUUGGUAUGAAGAUUUGACUCAGUGGACUUGGAAUGCUUGUUUUCCCAACUUUGGGCACCAGCAGUGAGUCACAGACAAAAAGUAUGAGGAGGACAGAAGAGAAAAAUGAAGGGACAGUACAAAUGUGAACGCAUGUAUGUGUAGCUGAGCCUACUCUGGACAUCUUUUUUGAUUUAUUUAUUUUUUCCAGUUUGAUCAGUUUUGCCUGCACUGUCAGCCUGUUGCCUUACAUUGCUGUCCUCUCUAGUUGCUCUAGGGCCACCAGGCGCCAUGAAUCUUGUUGUUGGGAUCACCACAACUCAGCCAAAUUACAUAUAGUGCAUCAGCUGGAAUAAGAACAUACUGUCUGUGUAGCCUAUACGCUUACAUUUCUAAAAUAUCAAAUGUCUCACAAAUUAAGAUUUUUGAGCAGAUGGCAAAGUCAAACAGUAAGCCUACAGUGUUUUAAGGAGCAAUAAAAAUGUUGACUUAUUCCCUCCUGAAUGUAAUCUCCAUAAAUAGACCACAUGCUCAGUGAGAUGUGAUGUGAUGAAGACUGCUUGUUUAAAUUCUGACUGAGGCACUGGCACAACCAACAAUGACAUGCCUCAGUAUUACAUUAUUAAUUCUGACUGUAACUGUCCCACUGGCCACAUAGUGUUAUUUAAAUUCAGCUCAAAGCCAUCACCUUCAGUAUUGCUGAAUAAUUGUUUUUUGGCAGCACAAAAAGAAAAAAAGAAAAAUACAUGUCUGAGAGUUCUGUAAAGUACACAUGUUUUGACCACUGGGGGCAGUCAUCAGUCAUAAAUACAACUGAAGAAUAACUGGUGUAUCUAUUUACUGCACAGCCAAAUUGUUUUAAUACAAAAAGACAGUCAACAGUGUCUUCAGACAUAGUUAUACUGAAUUAAUGAUCAGAUGUCCAGUACAUGAAUGCGUCAUUUCCUGUGAAUCCCUUGUGUGUGGGUUUGAAUUUAUAGAUUUGAAUCCUAGACUUUGCUACUAACACUCAAAACCAAUGUAGAAACAGAGUUCAACACAACUCAUGCCAUAAAUGGUAUGUCAAUUUAUCUUUGUCCAAAGCCCUAAUAUUUAGGUACUCUCCAUAAAAUGUGGUCACUGUCAGAUAUCAGCAUGAUUUUCCAUUACUAUGUGUAUUUUGAUUGAAACAUUUUAACAUGUUUUUCAGCAUGUUCAUCAGUUUUGUUGCAGCAUUGGUGAAAGUAUGUGGGUAGGAGGUUUGUGAUUGUUUUUUCGUAUUUUUUUUGUUUUGUCUUGGAACUUGGCAUGGGAGUGUGAAGAAUUCCCAGCAAACACAGCGCUGGGCCAGCUUGCCUGAAUAGAAAUUUUGAAAUCUCAGCAGCCACUGAAGUAAGAGAGAAUGAGAGUGACUGCCAUUGAUUAGCAGCACUUGCUGAGACUAUGAUGAUAAAGAUGAUGAUAUAUUCUGGUUGUAUUUGCAAAUAUUACUGACAACAUCAAAACGCUAUGUUGAAAAGUGACAGAAAUCUGAGUUAUCCCAGACAACAGCCAUGGACACAUCCUUUCAAAUGCCACAGUAAAUUGUCUCACCUCGAUAUUAGCUCUUUCUACAUGGACUUUUACAGACUACCACAAUGCUGUUUGUGAUUCUACAUCCUGACUGUCCAAUCAGAUUUAGCCUCUCAGUAGAAAAUCAAACUUGUAAGUAUUUUUACAGCAGUGUUGAUGGGCAGAAAAAGAAUGUCACUUUAAACUUACAUGUGGAAUUUUAAUGUAUGUUCAAUAACAUGCCAUAUCAUACCAGAUACGAUACACCAUAGGAAGUGUGUGUGUGUGUGUGAAUUUUCUCAUCACCAGGUUAAUCACAUCUUUGUGGUUUAAAGCUAUGUGAUGAAGGAUGUGUAUAAUGCAUUAAAUUACAGCUAUUGAAUUUUGUUGCAGAACUAAUGACUUGAAUUGAUGUAAAGUAAUAAAUCGUUAAAAAAUUAUGGGGAGACACGUUUUGUGUUUCUUUUAUUGAUGUCCUCUUCUGCUGGCCAAAAUGAUACUCUCAAUAGGAACUUGACUACGUUUUAACAGUUUCAUGUGCAAUUAAAAUGUUUGUAUACAUGUAUAUGAAGAGGAUGCAGGGGUCUGGGAGCGGUGACAUUUAUGUAAAAUAAAGAGAAUGAAUUCUGCAUUA